AUGACCCAAAAUGAACGAGUGAAAACCACACAUUCCUUAAUGUUAUAUAUGGGAUAUUUGAUGGUGCCAGCUGGACAAGAAUUGGACCGUUUUAAAUUGUUUUUGGCACCCUUUUCACGAAAUGUGUGGUUACUUUUAAUUAGUAGUGUACUUUAUAUCACUGUAAUGUUCUCGCUCAUUGACAGGCUACAAUAUGGUAUUUGGCAGGUUGGCAGUUAUAUGUUAAUCGCAGUGAGUAGCUUCUUAGCACGUGAUAUUCCUAUGGAAAAAUUUCCCAGAAGAGUUAAACGAUUUGUAUUCUUUAUUUUACUGAUCAGUGGAGGAAUUAUAACUACAUUUUAUUUGGCACUGCUUUCCAGUAUUUUGAAUGCUAAUGUGUAUGAGCGCGAUAUUAAGGAAUAUACAGACCUGAAAGAACGGAAUAUAGAUUUUAUGAUAACUGAUGUGGACUUCUGGGCAUUUAAAAUAUAUGGUCUGUCAUCCACACUCAGAGAACGCUUGACACUUGUAGAUCAUAAUGAAUUUACUCGUAAUCGUAACUCUAUGAAUAUCAAGCAUGCCUACUUCUGUUAUAUGGAUGUCUGUGAAAUUCUUAAGCAUCAGCAAAUAUUCUUACUGAGAAAACGUAUGAAUUUUCUACCAAAACCCAUAGUGUCUGUUUGGGGUGGAUUUGGUAUCAUGAACGGCUGGAUUUUCGAACAAACUUUUAAUAGAUAUGUGCAACGCGCUUUUGAAUUGGGUUUUAAUGAACGAUUUAGAAGAGAUGCGAAGAAUACAGCUAUACGUUAUGGGAUUAUUAGUUUCUUCAAAACGGAAUACUAUGAAGUUAAACCACUCGGCAUAGAUUAUUUCGAAAUGCCAGCUAUUUUAUUGGGAAUUGGAUAUUUAGUUGCUUUAAUUACGUUUAUAUUGGAGUUUCUUUACCACAACUUCAGUGAACGACGUUAA